AUGCCAAAAAGCGAGAAGAAGACAAAGGAUGACGACGAUGACGUCGUGGUGGAGAACAAAACCGGGAACCCGGUAUCGUCGAAAGAAGAGGCGAUGCGUAUCAUCGGCGAAAAAGAAGAGGACAAGAACGCGGUGAUGUCGUUAUUCUCGGACGUGAACCCGAACGACCCGUUGCGACCGAUUUUUGCGCCCUUGGGGAAGCAAAACGAAAAGAAAGGCGAGAAGGCGAUGUACCGGAAAGUGAACGUUCCGUCGCACAGGCUUUCGCCGUUGAAAGAACACUGGAUGGCGCUGUAUACGCCGGUGACGAAACAGAUGAAAAUAGACAUGCGCAUGAAUUUAAAGCUGAAGAAAGUGGAAUUAAAAACAACCGACCAGACGGAGGACGAGUCGGCGUUGCAAAAGUCGGCGGAUUUUAUACAGGCGUUUGUUUUGGGAUUUGAAAUCCAAGACGCGGUGGCGUUGUUACGAUUGGACGAUUUAUAUUUAGAGUGUUUCGAAGUGAAAGACGUGAAGCAAACGCUGAGAGGAGAACACAUGAGCCGAGGGAUCGGGAGAUUAGCCGGGAAGAGCGGCAAGACGAAAUACACCAUCGAAAACGCCACCCGAACUCGUAUCGUCAUCGCCGAUCAACACAUACGCAUAUUAGGGUCGUUUCAGAAUAUCAAGGUCGCCAGAAAUGCCUUGUGCGCCUUAAUCAUGGGUUCGCCGCCAGGGAAGGUGUAUUCCAGGUUAAGGACCGUCACCGCGCGCUUAGCUGAACGCUUUUAA